UGAGCCGGCUGAAUUUAUUGGUAGUUUGUUUGGUAUCAAGAAGAUAGGGGAAAAAAAUAUGGACAGCUAAAGUGUAUGUUGUUGGGUUAAGGAUUUCAAUAAUGGCGAUUCUCCGAAUUCCAGUACAUAAAUUCGUUUGAAGAUUCACACCUAGAAGACAGUUCACUGAUGGAAUACAAAAUUUUUUCAGUCCAUUAUUUUUGGAAAAUACUAAUAAUGUCUCAAAUACUCCAGUACAAAGAAAGAAAUCUCAUUUCACUGCAGCUAUGUGAAUUGAUAAAACUAUUGAAUACAACUUUUCAAGAUUAUUCUGGAUCAUUGACAGAUUCGUUUUGUGUUCUCCAAUAUGGAACAAUUAGCAACAUCAGAUGGGCAGGUUGUGAUGCAAGCUGUGACACCUCAACAGGUUCAAGUAAUGCAAAUGCCUGGUCAAGUUAUUCAAGGUGCUGGAGGACAGCAGAUAAUGGUUCACACUAUACCACCUGGAACACAAGGCCUACAACAAAUUCAAGUUUUACCAGUUUCAAGUUUGCAAGCUGGACAGGGUCAGGUGCUCUUACAGCAACCACAACAAACACAGAUUGUGCAGACUCCCGAUGGCCAAACCUUCAUUUAUCAACCAAUAUCUAUAGAUAAUACAGCUCUUCAGCACUCUCAACCUACAGUGCUCAAUAUAAAUGGAAGUCUAGUUCAAAUACAGGGCGCCCCACAAGCUUCUGUAUCAACACAACCACAGUCACCUACUACCCAAACUGUGGUACAACCUGCAAUCACCAACACAUCACCUAAUCAAUUAGCUAUGGCAAAUGGGAAUUUAGUCAUGGUGAGGAAUAAUAUGACUGAUGUCUUACCAAGCACUAGUGGUACCCAGUUUCAGAGAAUACCCAUAAAUGGAAACGAAUUUCUAGAAGAGGAGCCAUUAUAUGUUAAUGCUAAACAAUACAGAAGGAUACUUAAGAGGAGGCAGGCAAGGGCCAAGUUGGAGGCUGAAGGUAAAAUACCUAAGGAGAGACCAAAAUACCUGCAUGAAUCCAGACAUAGGCAUGCCAUGAAUAGGAUAAGAGGAGAGGGAGGUCGAUUUCAUUCAGGAUCAGUGAAAAAAAAGAGGGAGGAAAUGAGGCAACGAGAGGAGGCUCAGGCUCAACAUAGAGCAAUCGGAAUGACCUACGGAAAUUUGGAGAUGCAAUCGCCUAUCAUAAUUGAGGAGGUCAUGACAGAGAUAAUAAAACCGGAUCCGUUAUAGGUUCUUGCCUAUGAAUGAGGUCGAAUUUACAAGUAUGUUUUGAAAUAUGAAGACUUCAAAACAUUCAAAUAUCUGUGCUAUCUGGAAAAAGUUUGUAAAAAGUCGGUCAAAAUUACGUUCCCUGGUUGAGAAAGGGGGAUCGUUAGACAAUAUUUUCCAUGCUCUCAACUUUUUCAAUAUUGUAUAUAAAAUAUAAUCGUUGUAAAUAUUAAGAUUUUGUUACAGAGCAUCUCACCAAAUCGACUGAUAAUGUUAUUUUACAUUGAAAUAAAAAGUGUUUCAAUA